AUGGAGGGGCUGUUCGCGCUGGAGCUGCUGGUGGAGGCGGUGCGGGUGGCGGGGCCGGGACCCGCGGAGCACCCGGGACCCGCGGAGCACCCAGCCCCCGCGGAGCACCCGGCCGUGGCGCUGCGCCUCUUGGAAUUCCCUACCCUGGUGCUGCGCCCCGCCGCCACCGCGCCGCCCCUGCGGCCGGGGCAGCCCUUCCCCUUCGGCCGCGGCAAGCGCUGCCUGUUCCGCUGGCGCCGGGGCUCGCUCAGCGCCGCGCUCCGCCGCCGCCCGCUCCGCGCCCUGCUUCUGGCGCUGCCCGCUGGGCUCGCCCCGGGGCCCCCCCGCCUCCUCGGCAGCUGCGCCGUCCCCCUGGCCCCUGCUGCCGCCGAGCUGCUGCACCGGCCCGGAGCGCCCGCUUCGUGCGGCCGCCGCGGCCGCUUCGCGCUGCGGGACACCGCGGGCCGCCCCGUCGGGGAGCUGGUCCUGGGCUACCGCCUCACCUGCCUGGAGGCCGGCAAGGAGCCGCCCCCGGCAAGCCCCGCAAGCCCCCGCGCUGCCACGCCAUCUGCCACCUCCCCUGAGCCGGGGGACCAGGAAGAGGAGAAGGAGAAGGCGAAUGAGGAGGAGGAGGAGGAGAGCGAGGAGCUGGAAGGCAACGUCUUUUGCCCUCCGCUGCUCUAUUACAGCCGUGAGCCGGCUGAGCCUCAGCGGCACCCAGCAGCGGCUGCCGCGGCGCAAUGGGAGCACGUCGAGGUCAGGAGAUCGCAGGAGAAAGACAAGGGCCAGAAUCCCCCGGGUCCCAGUGCCGGGCCCUCGUUGCUGCACCCCGCCAGCUCUCGACAGCUCCACAACACCCUGGGGCAGCUGCCGCUACUCAGGGCCUUGCUGGCCGAGCUGUCGGUGCUCACCCACAGCGCUGUGCCUGCUGCUGCUGUCCACCCACAUCUUGCCUGGCUUUACCAGGCCCCGGGGGGUGGUGGAAGGGCCUCACGGCCUCCCAGCCCCUCCGCUGCCCUCAAGCCUGCAGAGGCACCUGUGAGGCCUGGUGGGAGCAGUGGAGCUGUGAGCCCCCGAUUCAAACAAGGCAGGCAAGAGGCCACCCCACCAGUAUCUUCUGGUGCUGGGAGAGGACCUAAGAAAGCUGUGCUCCAGGGACAGCCAGCUGCUGAAAGGAACUGCAAAGCCAAGGAGAACAGACCUCCCAGAAAGAAAUUGUUGUAUGGGCUGACAAAUACACUGAGGCUACGGCUGCAGCAGACCAACCCCGAUAAGCUGAUAAUUCAUGAAAGGAGGGAGAAGUACAGAAAAAAGCAAAUGGAGAUGCUGAAGGAAAGAAGCCCCUUACUCAACAGAAAGCUGCUCAGAAAUGCCGGAGAACAGCAUGUGGUUUCUUGCAGGCAUUGUAGCAAGAGAGACAGUUCAAAGCGGAAUAAUCAGUUGGAUAAAACUGUCCAGACUUCAUUAGAAAACAGUGUUCUCUCAGAGUCCAUUUCUGUGACAGUAGAUGUGUCCCCAGACCUGCAGGAACAGACUAUUGCAAGUUUACGGAGGAACGAUGCAAUUGCAAGCAAGGAACAUCCAUACAAAGUAACUACAACCCCCUUACCAGAGGAAACUGUGUUAAAAUCUGCUCAGGAGGAAAAGUAUGCAAAAGCUCAACUCUUAGCAGCGUUCCCAUCAGAUGCUAAUGCAAAGGGAAGUAACGAGGAAGCAAUACACUUAAUCCAUCAUGAAACUAUGGAGCAUGAUGACACAUCUGUUAUAAGUGGUCAUAAGCCCAGCCUCAGCAGGAGUGUUGAAAACAACUCUGAAUUCAUAUACUCGGAUGACUUUGUUGCUAGUCCUGAAAACACAGUUUAUUCCGAAGAUUUCACCAGUGCUGAGUGUACAGACUCAGAAGCUCUUGACAGCAGUCCUGAACCUCUGUGUCUUGAAAGCCCAAAGCGAGGUAGGUCAGAUACAGAGCCAGAAUCCUGCAGGUCUAGAAUUUCAAAGACAAGUCAAAAAGCUGAAAGUACUUCAGAUCUCGUGCCAGUUCCUUCAGCUUCAUCUCCAGUCCAGUCUUCGAGGAAAAACCGUGACUUUAAAACCAGCAAAAGAACUAGUGCUGAAUCCUCUGACUCACUUAACCUUGCUCAGAUGGAGGCAUCAUUAUUAGAUGAAGAGGAGAAAGCCCAACAGAUCAGUAAGGAAGAGAACAGGGGUGAUCAACAUAUUAAACAAAUAUCAACAAGCAAAGAAGUUAAAUCUGCUACUCAUCUGAAUAUAGGAAAGGGGCAGACCUGUGCAGAAGAAAAGAAGUCAGUAACUAAAGUUAGCUCUUACUUGCCAUCUAACGUGUCUGAUCUUGAAGUUAGUGUCCCGGAAAACAGUAUGUCAGACAAAAAGGAGGAUUUUUUGGAAAAACUACUUGCUCCUAAUCAGUACAAAGACAUUAGUGAACUUGUAAUAAACAAGCUCCCAGGAUACACAAUGUAAUUACAAAUUCUCACUGUCUGGAUUAAGUUAUGAUGUUUAAACUUUAUGAGGCCUGUUACAUGUAGCUGCAAUAUAUACAGGAUAAUUUAAGACUUUAUCAUGCACAUUUAACACAUCAGUGAAUUUAGUUAAGAGGUUUCUAAAAUAAACUACUAUUUGAAUCUCUGACAAAUGGCUCAAGUGGUACCUACAGCCUGACUUAAGUGUCUUAACACAAAAGUAAUCCAAACAGCACAGGAAACAUAACUUAUUGUCAAAGCAGAGAUGAAGACAGAAGCAGCAAAAGCAGUCAGUACCCACAAAACUUGGCCAGGGUAGAAGUUAUGCAUUGCUACAGAAACAGCCAAGUACAAAAUUCCUUCUUAACCAAAUGAAUGACAGUACCUCUCCUAUUUAAAGUAUGAACAUCUGUGAGGAUUAUUCAAGUAUCUAGUGUUGACUUCUGAGAACACCACUACUAAUAUUUUUAAUCUAAAGGGUGAAGUACAAUGAGCCAAACUGAAGCCGAUUUGCUCAAGUGGUUUGGGAUUUCACAGCCAACCCACUUGCAAAGAGUAUUUCCAAGACUUGUUAUUCACAUGCGAGAUGCCAGCAGCACUGCAGAACCCACCGAAGAUGUGUGAUUUGGAAUUGCUUCCCCAGGAGACUGACCCUGCCUCCAUAAACGUGCCAUUAAAGGUACAAAGUGAGCAGCCUCCACAUCCCUGGUUAAUGGCAAAAACCCUGAGAAGUGCUUCUAUUUUUAAGCAGAGAGACUGAAUGAAGAAAUUGUCUACGAGGGUGCCAGGCUAAGGAGAAACUGCUGGUAGAUUGGACAUUUGAACAAACGCUUUCAAAUUGCUUCCCACCUAGGACUAAAUGGCACUAUUUG